CGAACGUUGGACACAUGUAAUCCGUCAGCGCUCUGCCACGCGAUGGCGAUGUGGCAAAUGGCCAUGUGUCCAACGUUGUAAGGCUAUCGCCACAUCGUGUGGGACCGGUUUGAAGGUUCAUUUGCCUUUAUUCAGCGCUGUUGCCAAAAUGCGACCUUGCUGCAUUUCUUUUUGAGAGAAUCGGGAAUCGACCCGCUGCGGGACCGUGACUGUGGCGACCUCAACCUCAUGAAAAAAGAAGAAAACUUUAGCGACGUAAUAAUAAUAAUACCAUGGACACAGCAGAUGACGCCGACGUGCCGACACUUUUCCUCUUGUGUCAAAAACUGUUAAAAACCAAAAAUAUGGGUAGAAAACUGUGAUUUUUGAGAAACGAAAAAUAUGAUAUUUGACCAUAGGGAUGUAAAAUAUUUAUAUGCCAGAUGAUUUAAAAUGAAUACCUUCGUCAAAUGCACAUAUUUAUUCCAAACAUUCCAGAAGUCAUGAGGUAAUCGACGUAUAACCAACUUUAUAUAGUGAUUAUGAGCUGAUAAUGGAUCGACAAAAGAUGUUUUGAUAAUAUUGGAAGAGGCAGACUGAUCUACAAAAGUAAAAUUGUAAAUGUAUACAAAUGCGGACGAAGAAUUUUAUGCUAACACUAUGUGUGGUCGUAUCUAUAAGUUUAAUAUUUAUCAUAUUUGGCCAACAGAAGCCAGAGAGUAUACAGAACAUUGUAUCAACUACCAACAAGCAAAUCAAGAAUUUCAAAGAUAAUCUACGAGAUGCAGAAGCAAAAACUUUGAAUGCUGAUGAGAAGUACUUACAUCUGUUGGGAUUCACACAAAGUCCUCGACUGUAUCCAACAAACAUUUGGAGAAAUACUUCUUUGCCUGUGGUAGUCACAUAUGUUUCAAAUGGAGAAGAGAGUCAGGCAGUUGGCCUCAUACUUAAUGUAGCAAAAAUUUUACCAAAUAAUACUAUUCUUGUAUAUAAUUUGGGCAUUAGUGACCAUGCUUUGAAAAUGCUUACAAACUAUUGUAAUAGCUCUAGAUGUCAAGUGAUCAACUUUGUUCUUUCCGAGUAUCCGUCACAUAUAAAUACUGAAUAUCAUGCUCAUCGGCCGCUUGUUAUACAGGAUGCUCUACACCAUACCGGUGCGAUAUUUUUUCUGGAGUCAAGCUACCGUUUCAUGCACAACGUGACGCAUCCCAUGAUCACUCGCCUCUUUGAGGAGAUGGCGAAAAAGAGUGGGGUGCUGGCGUGGCCUUUUGAUCUGAAGAACCCUGUCUCCAGCCUAACGCACAAAAAGAUGUUCGAAUACUUCCAUUCUGAUGCGGAGAAUUUCUUGUUCCUGCAGAUGGUUAGAGCUGAUGCGCUGAUUUUAGUUAACACUGUAAUGAUACAUAAUCAAGUGAUGCUGCCCUGGGUGCAAUGUAGCCUCACUCAGGAUUGCAUAUUUCCUAUUGGAGCUCAAUCCGCGGGCUGCAAAUUUGACAAAAAACCUCAAUACAGGUAUUCGGGGUGCCAUAGCUAUGAUGUAUCUGCACUGAACAUCGCACUAGGCCUGGCAUUUAAACAGGAUAGCAGCAGAUACACUUGUACGGAUGCCGUUACCUAUCUAGAGACGGUUCCAUUGACUCAAGCGGAAGCACUUCUCAGGAAACUAGAGCUGAAUGCAACCACCGAGGCACGGUCUCCCUUUGACACUUAGAAUGAAAUCAAUCUUGUUUUUUUUUUUUAGAUUCGUACGAAACUCAGUGAGUAUAUUAUGAACUGAAAUACUAGUAGGUUUUGCAAGUGAAUGUGUGAUGUUCUUCAGCGUUCAUCAUUUGACGUGUAUGGAUCUAUACGUGCAUCUAUAGAAAAUAUUUGCUCAAAUGUCAAAUGAAUUUGAAUGAAAAAAAAACAGCAAAUCGAGAGAAAAUUAGUUUUAUUUGUACCGUUAAUUUUUAUGGUGCAUCAUUAUGCGAGAUAAUACAGCAUCAGCAGAGGAUCAUUAUACCCGUUUUACAACAAUUUCUUCACACGAAUUUCUUGAAAGUCACCCUGAUUAUGUUUUGCGGUGUUUACAUCAAUGGACAAAUUCAUGAAUCAUCUGUCACUACUCAGUGCUGCCAACCACACAACAAGUUCUUGCUAGAAACAUUUUGAGCUUUUAUAUGGAUUUUAAUUUUGAGGCAAGUCUUAUAAACAGAAAACAUAUUGUCGAAUACUGUAGUUCUGUACUUGAAUUGAAAAUCCGCGGAUUUAUUCUCUUUGUAAACCGACAUUAAAAAUGUUUGGCCACAAAUAAUAAUAAUGUCUUUAUUUGGCUGAAAUUUCGCUUACGCUUUUUCACCACUUAACUGCAUACACGAUAGAUAAAGAUUAUACAAAGUUCUGAACACCUUGUCAAAACUACUGAGAUGAAGUAUGCAGCUUCAACAAGCCAAAGCGCAUAUUUUCUGUAGAAUUAAAAGGUCGGUAUUGUUUGAGGAUAGUAAACGAGGGAGAUAAUAAAGUUGAACAUUUAUUUUUAGGGCCAUAAAAAGAAGCUUACCUUUGUUGAUAUUGAUUAGACUAUUUUGGGUGUCAAGUUUGUACUGUCACAGCAAUACGCACUUUUAACUUCAUUUUUAUAUAACUAUAAAUGAACAGGGUAUAUGAAAAGGUAUUAAAAUAUUUAAGCUGACAGUGCUCAAAUAGCUUGCAAUGUAAGAUGCAUUUUAGUGUUUGUGGGAAAAGCGGAAAUUACAUAUAUCAAACGAUAAUUGAAUGUCUGAAAUGCUGCUGUAUAAGCGAUCAUCUAUCAGUAUUAUGUAUUUAUGCUCUCUACCAAACAACAAACAAGAAGAAAAAUAAUAGGGGCAUUUCACGUGAAGCGGACAGCGAAAAAAAGUGAGGUUUUUGAAAUUCGUUCAUAUUGGGCCUGUUUGAACAUCUAGAAGGUGUGAAAGAAAAAACACGUUUUUUCUUUCGUUCGUUUGCUAGUUGGGGGUUUCGAAAUAGAAUCCUGAUUUGAAAUUGGGAUUUUUUCGAAUUAUGAAAUUUUCUGUACUUUUUGAAAUUAGAAAUUAAAAAAAAUUAAUAUGCUAAACUGGAAGUAAAUAUUCUUCGAUUUUUUUUGUUUUUAAUUUUUUAUUCCAAAAUAUAACUUAAAUUGUGCUCAAAAUGCAUCGGAAGUUUUAAGGGGAUACGUAUUUUUAUGUACGGAACAGGCGCCUAACGUCAUACUCAUACAUAAAAAUACGUAAUCUAGUUAAUUAAUUCGCAUUCGCAUACCAUGGAAAAACUUCCGAUGUAUUUUACACACACUUUAGGUUAUAUUUUGGAGUAUAAAAAAUCAAAUAUAAAAAAUGCGAAGCUGUCUAAAGUUUGGUUUGAAAUGUUUAUUUCCGGUUUAGCUCCUUAUUUUUUUUUUAAUUCACAUUUGGUUUUUUAUCAAACAGUACAGAAAAUGUCCUGUAUAAAUUCUACGUUUUAUAUUCCAUUUCAGGUCGAAAAAAUUCCAAUUCGAAGGCCAUAACGAGUCACUAAAAAAAGAGUCGUAUUUUCUCUUCGACACUUACUAAAUGUUCAAAUAAGCCCAAUAUGAACAAAUUCUAAAACCUCACUUUUUUUGCUGUCCGCUUCACGUGAAAUGUCCCAUUAGUGAUAUUAAUGAUUUUUCAGUGCAUUCAAAUGAAGUUUCAUCUGUGUUAAGGUACCUCCUUCUACUCAUCAUCAAAAGUCAAUUAUUCCGAGAUUGUAGUUAAUAGUAAGAUAUCUUUGCUGCUUUUACAGGUCUUCUAUUUGAUAUUCUGUUAAUAUUGCAUGGCUUCUUCCGAAGAAUAAUAAUUACGUCGGGUCUUUUAAGCUUGUUAAAAAUAUCAAUGCACAUCUCUCUAAAAACUUGUUGGUUGGUUAUUCUCCUUUCACUACAUAUUCACACACACACAAUUCCAGAUAAAGUCAAGCUACUUAGCGACGACGAGCCAUUCAGAAUGGAAAUAAAAUGCUUUAUGGUCAACAAAACAUACUACAACUUUGAUCAGUUCUUCAGCAGUGACUUUUCAGAAUUCCACUACUUCUUAAUUUGUUUGUGCUAUUUGAAAUUUUUGUGGUUGCUAUAGUGUUUUUUAUUAACCUGUUGUAUAUUUUUUCAUGUUUAUUGUUGCUUUUUUAUUUUCUUUGCUGAUAAACAUCAUAGUUGUAUUUUGUUUGACUUCUAGAAUUCUAUUUUCAUUUAUUCAGUGUAGUCGUGUUUCCAAACAUAAUCACCACGCCUCAUUAUCGGAUAGAAUUCUUGAACAAACGCAUAAUGAAAUUUUACGAAACUCGCUUUCUGUGGCAAACAGAAUUGAUUUACGAGUCACAGCGCUAUCUCUGUUGCUUCAGAAUUCCAUAAUGCGGCUGAAGCAUAUUCAUUAAAUAUUUUUAACACCGUUAUAUUUUUAUACCGUAAAUUAGUUCAACAAUAUAUGACAUGUACAUACAUACGAACUACGGACUAGAACUAAGCUUAAAAUAGUCCAAUAAAUAUAGACACUGUCUUACUUUGAUAUCAGUAAAAAAGUAUAAUUAUUGGGUACUUGCCGAUGUUUAUGAUAUCAAGGUGUAUUUUAGAUAGUCUUGACAUUUCUGCGCUUCGGAGCCUUAUUGCUAUUAAACAGACCAAGUUUCCAUUUGAAAUCGAUCAUGUUUUAUAUUUUUAAUUUCUACGGUGAUGUUUAUGUUGUACCAAAUAAAAGGUGAUCACGUGUAUAUAAUAAAACUAUAAUAUUUAUUAUGUAAUUUAAUAUUUGUCUGCGAUGGAUUCUACUUAUAUUUAAUGCUUGUUGCCUUUUUUAUAUUACAUAUGUUAUUAUCAACGGUCUAGUCGUAUUAAUCUUAAAAAUGCAAUUAUCUUUCAUAUUAAUUAGUAACAAAUAAUUUUAAACAUUCAUUGCAGACAAAAAUGACAUUAUGUUCAUAUUUAUAGUAUAUAGGAAAAUAAAAG